AUUUCAAUAACAUUGUCCUCAUGAUUUUGAACAUCUAAUAUAGCUCUUGGGGGAACGCUUUGCUCUUUUUACCAAGAUAUUUGAUGCAUCAAUACGGGACUUCCGCCGUGCAACCUAAUAAGAAACACACCCCCAAAAAUGAACCGACAGGAUCGUACUGUAAUUGGCUUCAAAAUAUUAUGGCGUGUGUACAGCUGUGUUGAAGACCGGGAAUAAGCAUGACCAGUUUGCUUUAUGGUUAAUAUUUCACCACACAAUCAGUGAAUCCACAGCUGCAUUAAAGACAAAUGGCAGUACCCUGGUUAUUUUGAUUUAAACUAAUUUAUGUCGUCUGAAUAAUGCUAAUAUGAGUGUCGUUAUUAUUAGCUUUUUGAGAAAGUGGAAUUCUGCCCUGUCACUUGAGGGUUAAAACAGGGCGGGAGGGAGCUUGACGUAUUCUGCAUAGUGCAAAACAGCAUUGCAACAUCAAUAACCAGCACUAUAAUAACUCCGGGCAUCCCACAGCACGUUUUAUUCACCGCUGGUAUCUUACAACACCGGCAAAAGAGGCCUAUCUAUAAAAAAUGUAUGUUGCAUAUUUAUAAAUAAAAAUAGAAAUAAAACCGAAUAGUAUCUUUUUUCUUUCGUCUGGAUCUCAAAAGAGGGCGUUGCAGGAAAACAGAAGGUGACAUGUCUUUGGGCAGAAGAUAAGCGUGCGACGCUUGGAGGAGGAAGCCGACUAGUAAGAGGAUGAAACAGGCGCAGACUGAUCGCGGCGUGAGGGUACCGACGUAGGUGUGUGGAAAACCCCAAGCACCGAGACUAGAAACCAGAGCUGAUGCGAAAAUGCGAGGCGCUUGGGUCUUCCUCCGUGCAGGUGGAUCGUUAACCUGAUGGCACGGUUUAAUCUUUUUCCUAUAUCUGCGCCUAGUUUCGGGUCAGUGCUGCUCUGGGUCUUAGGAUGGUCAGCGGAGACGCCCAGCGAUAAGCACUGAUCGUGGGCGAGAGGAGCCAUGCUGCCCGGCGUCGGGGUGUUUGGCACCAGCCUGACGGCCAGGGUGAUCAUCCCCCUUCUGAAGAAUGAGGGCUUCGCCGUCAAGGCGCUGUGGGGACUCACUCAAGAAGAAGCCGAGGAGCUGGCCAAGGAGAUGAACGUUCCCUUCUAUACAAAUCGGAUCGACGACGUGCUGCUGCACCAGGAUGUGGAUUUGGUGUGCAUCAAUCUACCUCCCCCCCUCACCCGGCAGAUUGCCGUCAAGACAUUGGCCCCAAGAGAUAAAAACCCCCAGCCUGGAACAAUGCAGCACACCUCAUAUGCCGAGACUGGAAACGCACACAAUCCUUUUGCUGCUCACCCACGGCCACAAGCCCUCUCACACUCUGGCAUUGGCAAGAACGUCAUCUGCGACCGGACCGCCACCCCGCUGGACGCCUUCCGCAUGAUGUCAGCGGCCCAAUACUACCCCAAGCUGCUGAGCAUCAUGGGAAAUGUGCUGCGCUUCCUGCCGGCCUUUGUGCGCAUGAAGGAGCUGGUGGAGCAGGGCUUUGUGGGUGAGCUGCUGGUGUGUGAGGCACAGGUGCAUGGCGGCAGCCUGCUGGGCCGCAGGUACAACUGGAGCUGCGACGAGCUGAUGGGCGGCGGCGGGCUGCACUCUGUGGGCAGCUACCUCAUCGACCUGCUGGCGUUCCUCACCGGCCGCAAGGCAGCCAAAGCGCACGGGCUGCUCAAGACCUUCGUUAAGCAGACAGAGCACAUCCGUGGUGUACGCCAGAUCACCAGCGAUGAUUUCUGCACCUUCCAGAUGGUUCUAGAGGGUGGGGCCUGCUGCACAGUCACGCUCAACUUCAAUGUGCCUGGCGAGUUCCGCCAGGAGGUGGCGGUGGUGGGUUCAGCCGGCCGCCUCAUGGUUUGUGGUACGGACCUGUACGGCCAGAAGAACAGUGCCCCUUGCCGGGAGCUGCUGCUCAAAGACAACACGCCACUGGGCAACGCCUCGCUGCCCGAGAAGGCCUUUAGAGACAUCCCGGCCCCCUACCUCACCGGUACCGUCUGCAUGGUUCAGGCCGUUAGGCAGGCUUUUCAGGGCCAAGAGGAUCGGCGUACCUGGGAUGGCCGGCCUCUCACCAUGGCUGCCACCUUUGAGGACUGCCUCUAUGCCCUGUGUGUGGUGGACACUAUCAAAAAGUCCAACCAGUCAGGGGAGUGGCAGAAUAUCGUGGUCAUGACAGAGGAGCCCGAGGUUAGCCCUGCCUAUCUGAUGAGCGAGGCCAUGCGGCGCAACAAAUUGUCCCUGUAUUGCUAGCGCCAAAUGAUUGGCUGUACGGAGUGCUGAGCCCGCCCCUUUCCCCAUGGGCUUCCUGGUGUGCCUGGAGACGGUCCCCAGCUGCUUUGUGGCACCAGAUAGGAGGGGUCAGUGUUGCCACAAGGCCAUGUGUGAUAAUCACGGUCAAUGAAGUUGUUCCAAAGCUCUCGCUCAAAAAAUAAACAAACACAGUAUCCCUGAUGAUCUCUCCCUUUCUUCACAGCUUUGAAAGGAUGGUCUUCGAACGUGAGGAAUAUAAACAAACCUUUUUCCAAGGAAAGAGGGUCGUUUAGAGAUGAACUUUUUAAAAAUAAUUCAGUUGGUCCAUCUCCUGUGGCCAUGUGCAAAACUGGAGAUGACAGUCUGAAAACCAUUAUGAGAGGUACUGUGAAGUAUGCAAUAAACCUGCUUGGAUCCCACUGGAAUCCCAUCACCAUGCGUGCUACUCUGUCUGGCAUUCUGACCUUGUGUGUCCCCAUGCAAUAUGAGCAAACCACAGGCACUAGCGCAGCCUCGUGCCAUCCGUCGCGUAGCCUGUCCAUUGCCGCAUGGCCUUGUCCUUAAUUGUCUUUGCUGUCACUGUUCAUUUGCCUGUGAUAACAGCCUGAAUUCUCCAGGCUUGCUAUUAUGAAACAGAAUCCACCUGUACCAGAGAAGGGGGGGGGAAGCAUGUGAAUUAGAGGGUGACAAACAUGUCACCUGGGUCCGUGUUGGGCAGGAGCUGCUGAGGAGGAGUUGGCACUUCUGAUAAAUAGCCUUAAUCUGGCUUGUGACGAUAACCCCUUCGCAGAAGAUCCUUCAGUUCACACUGUCCAUCUGAUCUCCCUGUAAAUGCCCCAGCUGCAGCAGACAGAAAGAAAUCCCCAAUCCGAAACUGCAGUGAAGAACUAGCUGAAGAUGGUAUUUCACAUACAGAAAACCAAUGGCAGUGCGGAAAACUGGAAUCAGUAAUAAAAAUAAACGGCAAGAAACGGCUUCAUUACGGCGAUGUGCCCACACAAUGACACGAGUCUUUUUGGGAUGCCAGAACAUUGGGGCUAGUACGACUCGGGGACUGGCCCAUGAACCUGAAUUUUUCUGUCCAGUCGCCAUUUCUAUGACCUUCGGCCCUCAAAUUCUCACUUUUAUAUGAUCGUAUUUCUGUGGACCCCCAAUUUUUUACCCAUAUACAUUUUAGACUGCUAUUUCAAUAGAAAAGUCCUUAACUGUUAUUUUUUGAUCCCUCGUUAAUACAAUUUGUUGAUUUGUCGCCGUUACUUUCAUCGGAUCGUAUAGACAUUUAGAAAACGUAUUUAGAGAGAUUUUCUGCUUUUCCAUUGUUGGUGCCUGAAUGGAAGUGAAAAUUAUUUACACGGAAAGGCAAGAAAAGAUCAGAGCUUUCAGUGUUACAAUGGGAGUCCCAGCUGUAAAACUAUGAAAUCGUUUCCUCACUUGACAGUGCAAAGUGGGGGUCUCCCGGGAGUCUGACUGAAUAGCUAAGUGUUACGCAUUAUGUCAGCACUAAUUUCAUUUAUAGUUGCUAUCAUAACAGUGUAGUGAUACCCGGUAACUAUAUGUUAUAUCGAAGCCUGCAGUACUUUCUUAUUUUAAGAUAGGCCUAUUUCACGUUUGUUCUGAAUAUCAAUAUUAAGAACCUAAACAUAAGAAAAAACAUGUCGUAUCUUGAGUUUCUUUGUCAUCUUUUAUAUUCUUUCUUGCUGAAUAAUUCGUACCUUAGGGUAGAAAGAGAUGUAGGCCCAUUCACCCCCGUCCCGGGUCCCUGUUAGCAUAGCAUUCCAGCUAACAAUGGUCUGAUUUUCCACCGGUGGUCAGGAUUUCUGCUGUCCUUGCUGCCUGGGCUGUUCUCGCCAUGUUUUCCCUCUCGGUUCCCUUCAUGACCCGAGCAAGGGAUGCCGUGCUGAAGCUCAAAGCCACGUGUCGAACUCUGCUUCCUUUGCGUCCUGCGUGAUUAACAAGGGUCUUGUUAAGAAACGGUGUUAAUGGAAUAUUUCACCCGUGAAUGAAGAGUGGGCAAAGUCCACUCAAAGUCCGACCUGCCUGGUGAUGGAGGGAACCAAGAUCUAUUGUGCGUGCAAUUGGACCUUCCGUAAAAGGCAUGACGAAUUCUAGAUUUUUCAGAUUCAUUCAAAAAAGAUUUCCUUCCCUAAUAACAAGUAGGUCUAUUCCCUAAUAAUGACAUGACAUUACUAUGAUAGUAAAACGUCUGUGUGCUUUACAUCCAAACUUACUGCAGAAGGCUUAUUUAUAAAAAAUAAAAAUCAUUGCUCUGUGAAGUGUCCAGUCAAAAAAAAAAAUCUAAACAUAGUUUUUCCUCAUUCUUGGGACAGAAAUGAUAGACAUGUUGUCUGUCAAGUGAUCCUGUCACUAAGUCUUCCACUGUAUUUAAAAAAAUAUGAAUAAAUAGUCUCUUCUCUGAUGUGUAUAACUUGCAUUUUUAGUAUGAAAUCGAGUGUCACUGCAGGUCUCAGAAGCACAUCGCUGCAUGGAGCGAUCUGGGAGCGACUGAGCUUGGUGAUCAGUGCUGCAGUGACAGAGCAGUGGUUCUCGAAGGGCUUAAUGAUUUAUUUGAUGGACUCGUCCUUUCUCAUCCCAAGGACCCCCCCCCCCCCCCCCCCCACGAGCCUUAAACCUUGAUCCUCGACCCUCAAAGACAUAAAAGUCCUGGAGAUGUUUUGCAAACCGUUCCUGGGAGUCGACCCGAAUUUCUCCCCCAGAAGAGGCUCAUCAAACUGGACGGGGCUUCACACCUAUCCUAAACUGUGACGGCACAGCGGCCCGAGAUCCUGCAGUGGUCCGUUGCAUCGUGCCUGAGUUGGCUGUCCCUUUAAAGUGUGCAGAGGUUCUACCAUGGUUAUGGAGCGUUCUGGCAAUAGGAAUAUUAGAUUCUUAAAUACUGUUUAAACAGAUGUAUUUGAUGCAUAGGCUUUCUGUUCUUUCCCCUGUGUUCUUGUUAAGAAUGUCCAAUGUCAAUAUUAUCCUCAGCAAAAAGAGCAGACCCUCUUUUUCACAUCUUACUUUAAUCCUGUUAAUGUGUAUUGCAAAUGUAACAUCAACAUGUGGUUUGUUAAAAUACUGCUGUUAGUUUUUUUUGUAUGUGUUAGUCUGUUAUUUUUUUUUAAUUGCCCUGAUACAUAGCUCACUGUCAUGUACAGACGGCUUUUACUGUAUGAGGUAAGAAAUAUCAUGUUGCCAAGACUGCUGAAUGGCUGCUGAACUGCUGUGCCCUUAAGGAUUCCUGUAUCCUGUUUGGGUGUGUCUGACUUUUCCUCUGAGCACUGGAAACAACAGAGCGAGGUGUGUGUGUGUGUGUGUGUGUGUGUGUGUGUGUGUGCGCGUGUGUCUCUGCACUCUCAUGUUCAAGCAUACUGCUUCGCUGUGCGGAAAUCUCUGGGCAGCCUUUCUAAACGGGUGAAUUUUAGCUCCAGGGGCUGGGGACAAAUGAGGAAGAAGGUGGGGGCUCUUUGUCUUUAUGUCACAGAUAGGAUUGUCCUCAGUGACAGCAAAUUGAUCCCCAGAUUUGAUGAUGGCAAUUUAUGAAAAUUACUGUGACAAUAGAGAUGGCAUGUUUAGUUUUUUUCUUCUUCUCUUCCCUCCAUGGCUACAGUAUAAAAAGCUGUGAUCUUCAGGUUGAGUUUUAUAAUGGCGGCCCUGCAGAAAGACACGCAUGUGAAAAUCAGAGGGAAAUGGGAGUUAAUAUGGCGUAGGGUGGGUGGUGCCCAGACCCAGGGGUCCCACUGUGCCUCAGCUAGGCAGCAUUAAAGAGGUGCUCUUUGAACAGCCCACCAGCCUGUAUCCUAGCAACCAGCCCUAGCUGCCAUUGUGCCAAAACAACCUUGCUCCCCCACCCCUUUGAGUCAAAGUGGGUGAGAUUUUGCAGUAGUCAUACAGUAAGUGGUCACACGGUGACUGGUCUAGCUAGGAGAGAAUGGACUGACGGAUCAGUUCUAUGACAGAACCAGUGAUGCGCUGCUUCCCCUGUUGCCCCCGUUGUACCCAGGGCCAGAGAAUUCCCAUAAUUCUGCUGGUAUGUGUGAGUGCCAGUCCACUUUUGUGGUCUGAAAGUGUUGGGCAGCUCUUGAUACUGAGGGGAUUGGAAGGUCAUCAAAGCUCACAAAUAAAAUCCGAGUCCUUCUGGCCACAGCGACACCAUCUGGCCGCUAGUGAUCCACGCGGUGUCAACAAAAUCAUUGUAAAAACAUAAUGUCAGGCCCUUGAAAUAAUUAUGCUAGUGGUGCUCUGCUGAUUUACUUUAGGCAAACAAAUGCACCUAUAACAUAAGGUACCUUUUCCAAACGUGACAAUAAUGUCAGCAAGUACAUAUCCGUGAAUAUAUAUUAACGUUUAACCUUGUGAAAAACUUGGAGAUCCCCUUAUGACGGGAUAUGAUGAUUGAUAGGUAUAUAAAGCACAUUAUAUAUUUAUCAGUGGAGCAGAUGCUGUUUUCCUGUUUUAUUCAACCACGUUCGGAGCGAGUAGCAUUUUUUAAGGUUACAAGUGCCGUUUUCCAGCUAACAAAGUACAAGGCAGUGUUUUCUUUGCACCAUGUUACACAUUGUUGUCUUAAUUAGUAGGGCGGGGCACAGAACCCUGCGGGGCCCGGCUCUUAUUGGAAUUGUUUGACACCAGAUCCGCUGUAGCACGUCAAUCAAAAUACUGAAGUAUUUGUGGGAAUUGUUUUCAUUAUUACCUGGACGCAUAGUAUCCUCAUAGUUUCUUAAUACAGUUUUCCCCGAAUAUUUGUCCGAAGAUAUUCUAGCUAAAUGGUUUUGCGUAGUGCCGUAGCUUUAAAGUCCCGAUUCAAGGACCUGUCUAUAAUAACCACGCUAGAUACUGGCGACCCCUCGCUUCAUCCAUUUUCCCCAUCAGUGGAGAUUUUAGUUCAUUUUAUUGUAUCCAGCCCCCCGUGUGAACUUUUUCAGUGGUCUUCCACGCCCAGGACUAUCAUCAUGUUUGCAAAUGCUGCCUGUUCUCAUCACUGUAUGCCCGGCUGUUCACACCAACAGAACUGUCUUUUUUGAUGCAGUAUUUGUGGUGACUAUUUAUUGUGUUUUAUGUAUAUCGUGUAUGCAUGGACUCGCGUAUAUAUUUUGAACUGAUACAUAUUUAUCAGACCCAAAAUAGAGAAUGUACUGUAGAAAUAUAAAGACUAUAUUUUAUAUAAAUGUGAUAGUUGCAGUACGAAUGGGGAGGCGGGAUAAACUGUGAUGUUUUCUGUUUUUGUUUGCGUUAAAUGGAAAGGCAUGGUACGCAGAUAUGUCUGUUAGACUUUUCAUAUAGUGGCUGGUUCUGUGAACCUGCUCAUUACCUGCUGUACUCUUUCUGCUCCAAUACUCUGCAUUGUUACUGUAUGUUUCCGGAGAAUGCAGCUCAUCUGACCAGAUCACCCAGGAUAUGAAGCCUGUAAUGCAAUUUACAAGUACGGUACUUGUCCGAUGCUUUGGUUACUGUGGAAUAAUAAAUUACGAUGCAAAAUGGC